AGGUAAAUCCAAUGAGAAAAUAGCAAUAACUUGCUGAUUGGUAUUGCGUUCUUGACAAUGUCCGGGAUUCAAAUACGGAGUGUGUCCUGAUUGCGGGGGGAGAAGCAUUUUAGAAACGAAGAAACACAGGAAAAUUGCCGGGUUGAAGUGAUAUUGGUAUCAUUCCAAUAUCAGUGUUAGGUUUCGAAUUCUCGUGAAACCGAACAGAGGAUUCUAAUGAUUCUUCAGAUCUGGUGAAGCGAUUUUUUCGCUUCAGCUUCGUUUUCCGGGUUGCACAAUACAGGUCUUUCUUUGUUCAACCCGGCGCCUUAACUGAUUUGUUAGAUGGUCUGCCCAGUAUUAUUUUGCAAGAUACACCGUCAGUAAAUUGCUUAAGAUUUCUCACUAUACUGAAGAUUCUGCUUGGCUUCAAUCAACCUUAUGGGGGAGUGGGUGAUAGGAGCAUUCAUCAACCUUUUGGGUAGCAUUAUCAUUAAUUUUGGAACCAACCUCCUUAAAUUGGGUCAUGAUGAGAAGGAAAAGCAAUCCAUGAUGGGCACUGAAGGAGCAAAUGUGAAGGUUGCAAUGAAACCUAUAAUAUAUUUCCAAACUUGGAGAGUUGGAGCUCUUUUCUUUGCUGUUGGGAACUGUCUAAAUUUCAUUUCUUUUGGAUAUGCUGCUCAGUCAAUGCUAGCAGCUUUGGGAUCUGUACAAUUUGUUUCUAACAUUGCAUUUGCCUACUUUGUGUUGAACAAAACAGUGACAGUCAAAGUUAUGAUAGCUACCACGUUUAUUGUUCUUGGAAACAUCUUUCUUGUUGCUUUUGGUAACCAUCAGUCACCUGUUUAUACACCAGAACAGUUGGCCGAGAAGUACAGCAAUAUUACAUUUCUUCUGUAUUGCCUGAUUUUGGUGGUAGCAGUUGCUUUUCUUCACUCAGUGUACAGGAGAGGGGAACUGCUGAUCAGUGUCCCGGGAAACAACCUCAAGCCCUAUUGGCAGAUGUUGCUUCCCUUUUCAUAUGCAAUUGUUUCAGGUGCUGUGGGGUCAUGCUCGGUGCUAUUCGCGAAAUCUCUGUCAAACCUGCUUAGAUUGUACAUUUCCAGUGGUUAUCCACUGCAUAGCUGGUUGACAUACUCCAUGCUUCUACUAUUUCUUAGCACAGCUGGAUUUUGGAUGGCUCGGCUGAAUGAAGGACUUGCACUGUUUGAUGCAAUCCUUAUUGUGCCCAUGUUUCAGAUUGUGUGGACCUUUUUUUCUAUUUGUACAGGAUUUGUGUACUUCCAGGAAUAUGAGGUAUUUGAUGCUCUACGAACAACAAUGUUUUUGCUUGGAAUGACUUCUGUAUUCAUAGGCAUAUCUUUGCUGGCACCAGAUGACUCCAAAGGAGGUGAAAGCAAGGAUAGACCUCUAGUUUCUGAUUUGGAUCUGACCCAUGAUGUGGAUAGGCUUGUUGUGCUAUCAGAGGAUUCUCAAAUUCAAGACCUGAGAACAUUUACACGAGUAAUGCUGACAAAAGCUGCAAGCCUGAUUUUGAAAGCAAAGGCUGCAUGUUCAUUACCAUUAGGUUUGGGCAAUAACUCGCUUCAUGGAUCAUCGGUUUUGGUGAUGCCAAUGGUAUCGUCCAAAAUAACUGGCUUUCGAGGAAGCGGGUUUGAUCAGAACAAACUAUUUUCCAUUAGAGGUCAAGGUUGGAACAGAAUAUCUUUGGAUGAGGAUAGUGAGACAAAUUUGGAGGCAGAAGCAAUGCCUCCCAAGGGUGUUGUGGGAAGCAGUAGCUUGCUUACAUGAUACUUGUGAACGAAACUUAAGAGUGACACUGGUUACAUUCAUACCGUUCUUCAAGGAUUUGUAGGUCUUCAAGUUCUUGUUUGUUUUAUUUUUUAUUCGUGCCUUGUAGCUGCGGGUGCUAAUGGUCUGUAAUAUUCAUGGCCACCCCCAAGUUUGGUAUAUAUCUUUUCUUUUUUCAUGUGUAAAUUUUGUAGUGUAAAAAAAAUAUACGGGAGUAUGAUUUUUUUAGCCCACCUUAAAUUCAAAAUUUUGAAGUCAUGGUUACGCAACUAUGAUAUUAGUUCCUUAAUUUAAUAGUGGUGGUUUGACGUCUAA